CCCAGCAGGCAGAGGCAGGACCAUGCAAGGUGGAGAGAUUGCACAACCUCCAGGACUGACCCCAGCUCCUCCCCUUCCUCACUCCCCUCCUCACAGUCUGUCCCCACCCCUCAGCUGGGCUGUGAAAAGCUCUGUCUCCCAGCCGUUCUCAGAAGCCCUCCUGCGAGGCCCUGAAGAUGAGCCAGCUCUGUCUCUCUGCAGCCCUCCUCCUCCUCCUGGGCACCCUGGUGGCCAGCACCCCAGGGGAUGAAGAGAGCAGCCUGGUCCGAGCCGGGCCGCCUGCCUUCUGCCGGGAGCCUCCCUACACGGGUCCCUGCAGGGCCCAUUUCGUCAGGUACUUCUACAACGCCACCACCGGGCUCUGCCAGACCUUUGUCUACGGUGGGUGCCGAGGCAAGCCGAACAACUUCAUGGAUGAGAAGGAAUGCCUCCAUACCUGCGAUAGCUGUGUCAAGGCCCAGGGAAAACGGGGUAACUGUGCUUCCUGAGAUGCUGAAGUCCCACAAGGCCCCACAGGGCUGGGCUGUGGCUGCCUUCCAAAUGGGUUGAGCCUCCUCCUCUGCCCCCUUCUCAAUCCCACCCUCCUCAACAGAACCCUGCCUCUUUCCUCCCCUGCACAUCCACCAUCACUGUGCUCCUUGGAGGUGAACACAAUGGCAUUUCUCGCAUCCCAUUCUGAGUGGCCAUGGUGGCAGAGGCGUUUUCCCUAAAGAAGUCCCUUUCCCUGCACUGAUGUUGCAUAUUUCUCUGUCGGUGGCUUUAACCUCUGGCCUUCUAUCUAAUAAAUUCAUUUUCUGAUUGAA